UCAAGCUGCAAAGAUGAAUAACCAAGGUGUAACCUAUGCAGAACUGAAGCAUGCAAAGAAUUUAAAAAGACAGCGAAAGAAACCUUUGGGAACUGAAAGCUCCAUUUCGGUAACCCAGCAAGAAAUAACUUAUGCAGAAUUUGACUUUCAAAAUGCUUCUCAGGAUCUUCAGGAGAAUGAUAAAACAUACCAUUGCAAAGGCUUACCAUCACCACCGGAGAAGCUCAUUGCUGGGAUCCUGGGAAUUAUUUGCUUUGUCUUGAUAGAUAGUAUUGUAGCAGUGAUUAUUAUUACUGAAAAACAAAAGCUGAACAAUUCAUCCCAAGACACAAUGAUCCCAAAAGCAUACCAUUGUAGCCCUUGUCCAAAGGAGUUGUUAACAAUUUUCAACAACUGCUACUAUAUCAGCAAUGAAAAAAAAACCUGGAAUGACAGCAUAACAGCCUGUGCUUCUAACAACUCUCAUCUGCUCUACCCAGAAAAUCAGGAGGAAAUGAAAAUUUUGAGCUCCCUUUUUGUUUUCUCAUGGAUUGACCUUGCCUACAGAUCCUAUAAUAAUACACAGGUGUGGCCAACGGGCUCAGCUUUCUCUUCCAAAAUGAUUUCACAAUCUUCAGAGAAGGAUAAAAAUUGUCCAUUUUUAAAUUUUCUCGUGAAAAAUGUGUCUUUUGAAUCCUGUCUAGAAACAAAACUUUAUAUUUGUAAGCAUCAGUCACAUAGUCCUACCAAAAUUUGGGAAAAUGCCACUUAUCAUUUCUAGCUUUUGGUUAUUUUCUUAGAAUUUCGUAUUAAGAUAUCAUCUUUAAAACAUUGUUGAUUCACAAUAAAAUAGUGCAGCUAUUUCCCACAUCCCCUUGUUCCCAAACAGGUACAGCCUCCCCCAUUAACAACAUCAAUAAACCAAAUGGUGCAUCUGUUAUGAAGGAUGAAUCCACAUUGAAACAUAAUAACCACUUAAACUUAAUAGUUUACUGAGCUUUGCCCUUGGCAUUAGAGACUAUUAUUUAUGAAGAUAUACUCUCAGGUACAUAUCACACCUCUUUUUGUUUUAUAUUAAAAUAAACCAUAUAUAAAUUAUGAAUUCUAAUGUCAAGAAGUGUUAUUUCCAAGUGUGCAAAGGUAAAUAAUCCCACUCCUAUUUUCUCAUUACUUAAUUUUCUAGCCCUUGAAGCAAAGUGUUUAAGUCAUAGACAAGUCAGAAGACUUGAAUCAGAGAAAGUUUGAUGUAAAGAAUGAUUAACUAUUUGGUGAGGACAGAUCUC